AUGAAUCAGAUCGGAGGCGCGACCGGAUCAAUAGGCGACCCAUCAGGCCGUAAGACCGAACGCCAACCUCUAUCAUUCUCAACGAUCGAAAUAAAUUCUGCUGCGAUUGAUAAACAAAUUCGACAAAUUUUUAUUAACGGUAAAAGGUAUGCAUCACGACGCGGAUUUAAGAUGAGUGAUGAAUCGGAUCAUGUGAUUAUCUUUAAUAACUUGGAAUGGUUUCGGAAAAUGUCUGCCCUGGAGCUAUUGAAUGAUAUCGGAAGAUAUGCGCGUGUUGGAACGAUGCUCAUGAGGGACAGUGUAAAAUCAAGGAUGGAAAAUACAGGGGGAAUAAGUUUUACGGAAUUUUCGUAUCAAUUAUUACAAGCAUAUGAUUUUUGGUAUCUAUAUCAUUAUGAGCAAUGUCAAAUUCAAUUAGGGGGAAGUGAUCAAUGGGGAAAUAUUACGGCAGGAAUUGACUUGAUUCACAAAAAGAGACCGGAUUUAGCUUCGAGCGAUUAUACUACCGCCUUUGGCAUUACUAUACCUUUAUUAUUAACAUCUACCGGAGAAAAAUUUGGCAAAUCCGCAGGAAAUGCCAUUUGGUUGGAUGACAAAAUGACUAGUGCAUAUGAAUUUUACCAGUAUUUUAUGAAAGUGGCUGAUGCUGAUGUUGCAAAGUAUCUUCGCAUGUUUACUAUACUUAGUGUAGAAGAGAUUGAUGAAAUUGUGAAAAUUCAUAUGGAAUCUCCGGAGAAACAUCACGGACAAGAAAAGUUAGCCUCCGAGAUAACAGAACUAGUGCAUGGAGUUGCUGGACUACAAAAAGCACAAUUAGCUACCAAAGUAUUGUUUGGAGGACCGCUGGAAAAUAUACGAGGACAUGAAUUAAUUGACGCUUUCUUACACGAUUCACAAAGAUUAACAUCAGUUUCUCGUAAUGAAAUUGUAAAUUGCUCCAUUGAUCGUGUCGUUGUUACGGCAGGUGUAUGUAAAUCAAGAAAUGAGGCGAACAAACUGAUAAAAGUUGGUGGACUUUAUUUAAAUAAUCAGAGGAUCAAUGAACCUCAUCGUAAAAUUAUCGAGAACGAUUUAUUAGAUGGAAUGGUUUGUGUGUUAAGAACGGGUAAAAGUAAUUAUCAUUUGAUAAGGAUUAUUGAAUGA